AAUUUAUUGGAUUCGGAAGCUCGAUCCGAAGACCGUAAAACCCUUCAAUCCUCCAUCGACAGAAACUCGAUAGCUGUUCCCAAGGAAUCCCAGAAUCCAGAAAAGCCCUCUUCUUGCUUUUAAUUCAGAAAUUCCAUCUCAAUAGACCCAAAUCCUAGUCUGGGUCUCCGUCUAUCUCCUUCUCUCGGCGGAAAAAAAAUGGGGGUUCCAGUGAUUAAGUUCCCGAUCUUCCUGAUUGUAAGAGUGAUAGGCAUGAUAAUCGCGGCGCUGCUUCUGACAUGGACGCUUCAUUACAGGGGAGGUUUGGCUCUCGUCUCUGAGAACAAAGAUCUCAUCUUCAAUGUACAUCCUGUUUUGAUGGUUAUAGGACUAGUGCUCUUAAAUGGUGAAGGUAAAUGCAUUUUCCAUGCGGACAAUGAAUGUGGUGGAGUUCAUUAUUCAUGAUUGAAAAUUCUGUGGAUAUAUAAUAGAAUUCAUGUUCUUCAGUCUGGUCACAUUGUGUUUUUGUGCAACUCUAUCAAUGUGAGGGAAACAUUGUUAGAAAGCUGUUCUAAAAAGACUAUUAUCAUGAUAGAUCAUCAUACAGGAACAUAGUUAUCUCCUUCAAUUUUUCAUGUAGUGGAUGAGGAACGAGUGGCUAGUCCUUCUAGCUUUAAGAUUUUAGCUUUCUAAUCGAUAACAGUGAGAAUAUGGAGGCUAAGCAUAAUACUGAAGUUGUAUAUAUCUGUCUUUGGCUUGAUUUCCUUUUUGUUACGUCAAGUGAUAACAUUAUCAAGUCACCUUUAUGGUAUAUUACUUAGUCAGGCCAAUAUAGGCUCUGAUGAAUUGGGAGUUCACCAUUUUUGUCAUCCUGGUUUUUAUUAUUCUUGUCUUUAAUGUUGCAAUGGUUUGAAGCAGCCAUGCUGGCCUACAAGACUGUUGUGGGGACAAAAAAUUUCAAGAAAUUAGUUCAUCUUACAGUACAAUUCCUUGCUUUUUGUUUGAGCAUCGUUGGUGUGUGGGCUGCUCUAAAGUUCCAUAAUGAUAAGGGCAUUGAUAACUUCUACAGCCUGCACUCGUGGUUGGGUCUAGCUUGCCUGUUUCUAUUUGGCAUCCAGUGGGCAGCUGGAUUUGCCACCUUUUGGUACCCAGGUGGUUCCAGAAGUAGCAGAGCUUCAUUGUUGCCAUGGCAUGUAUUCUUUGGGGUUUAUAUUUAUGCCCUUGCAGUCGCUACUGCUAUAACAGGCAUCCUAGAAAAGGUUACGUUCCUUCAAACAAACAAAGUAAUAUCACGCUAUUCCAUGGAGGCUUUGCUUGUAAACUCCUUGGGUAUUUUGAUUGUUGUCUUGGGUGGUUUGGUUGUCCUUGCCAUCAUUACUCCUCUUAAUGGCAAAGCUGAUAUUCAUAGAGGAUUGGUAGAGUAGGUUCGAUUUAUUUCCCUUGUAACGCCUAGGCGCCAUUAACUGUAAUUUUGAUCUUUGAAGAGGUAAGGUAUGUAUUCUUGUUUCAGAUUUGGGGGAAGAUUAUGUAACAGUAUUGAAACUUCACAUUUUAACUUAUGGAAGAAAUUACGGUAACCAUU